AUGAGGGAUUUUCCGUCUUGCUCCGGCCAAAUAGGCGUCCAGAUUGCGGAUUCGUCUUCCUCCAGCGCCGGAAAAAUCGCCCAGAAUCUGGUCGUUUGCAUCUACCGCUGCCGCAUCCGAGGUAGGAGUUGCUUGAUCACACUUACAUGGACUAAGAAUCUGAUGGGCCAGUGUCUCACCGUGGGGGUUGAUGAUUCUUGCAACCGAAGUCUGUGUAAAGUCGAGAUUAAGCCGUGGCUCUUCACUAAACGAAAAGGGUCAAAGUCUCUAGAGGCGUAUUCAUGCGUCAUCGAUGUUUUCUGGGAUCUCUCGUCCGCGAAAUUCGGAUCCAGCCCUGAGCCUUUGGAAGGGUUCUACGUUGGCGUUGUUGUGGACAAGGAAAUGGCUCUGCUUCUCGGUGACAUGAAGAAAGAAGCUUUGAAAAAGACUAAUGUUGCUUCUUCUUCACCUUCUUCGUCUCUUGGAGCUCUGUUCAUUGCCAAGAAAGAACAUGUCUUUGGGAAGAGGAUUUUCGCAACAAAAGCUCAGUUUUCAGGUGAUGGCAAAACCCAUGACCUUGUGAUUGAGUGUGACACUAGUCUCACCGAUCCUUGCCUCGUUGUUCGUGUGGAUGGGAAGACGUUGAUGCAGGUGAAGCGGCUUCAUUGGAAGUUCCGUGGCAAUGAUACGAUAGUUAUCAAUAGGAUCUCUGUGGAAGUUCUCUGGGAUGUUCAUAGCUGGUUCUUUGGGCUGCCGUCGUCACCGGGAAAUGCAGUGUUUAUGUUCAGGACUUGUCAGUCUGUUGAGAAGAGUUGGUCUUUGACGCAGGUCCCAACGAGCUCGAAACCUCAGAGUUUUGGGUUUACAUUGUUUCUGUACGCUUGGAAGAGCGAGUAG